AUGAAAAAUUUCCAUUUAUUCACAACCACCUCAUCUCAGAUUCGGUUUAUUUUAAUCGUGUCAAGAUCAAAAUUGAAUUUUGAUAGUCUACAGCAGAAACCAAAAUUAUGUUUAGAUGUUCCAGGGGAUUCCGGUUCAAUUGCUGCCAAUGAUACGGGUAUAUUGUAUUGCUCAAAUGACCAUGAAUCUUAUUCUAAUGAACAAGGUUCCGAGAUAGUUCGUAGUUUACUUGAAGAAUACAAUAUAUCAUCAUCAGACUGGAAAUUAAAACAAAUGUAUCAAAAUCAACAGUAUCAACACAUUUCUCAAAUUGAAUUUGAUAUCAAUGGCACAUGCCUCGGUCUUAUUACAUAUAAUUCGUCGAAUGCUCUCGUAUUUGAAUUAUGUGAUACAGCAAAUACGAAUGUAAUAAAAAGUAUUGUUCUACCAUUCGAUGAGAGUAAUCUUCUUUCACUUAUUUCAUUACGCGAUGAUCAAUUUCUUCUGUAUGAAAGACAUACUAGAGAUUUGUUAUUAGUUGGUUAA